UGGCAGAGAGGGGUGGAGGACACUGAGUGGAGGCCAGUGGAGGGAUUGGCAGAGAGGGGUGGAGGACACUGAAUGGAGGCCAGUGGAGGGAUUGGCAGAGGGGGGUGGAGGACACUGAAUGGAGGUCAGUGGAGGGAUUGGCAGAGAGGGGUGGAGGCCAGUGGAGGGAUUGGCAGAGAGGGGUGGAGGACACUGAAUGGAGGCCAGUGGAGGGAUUGGCAGAGGGGGGUGGAGGACACUGAAUGGAGGCCAGUGGAGGGAUUGGCAGAGAGGGAUGGAGGACACUGGAGGCCAAUGGAGGGAUUGGCAGAGAGGGGUGGAGGACACUGAAUGGAGGCCA